AAAGGCAAUACGCCAGUGCACUCACGUUUAUUAGAGAAAUUUGACAAUAUAAAAAUGAAUGAUCUAACAUAUGAUGAUCCUUUAGCCAAUGGGGUAAUCGAUCUUGGGUGUAACUACUUCAAGGCUUCUAAAGAAGAAUUUGAUGUUCUUCUAGGAGAGAAGGCUGAAGUAAGAAAAUUAAAUAAAGAAUUGUCAAUAAAAAAUUUAUGUGCUGAUUUUGUUGAACCAAUAUAUAUAAGAGAGGAAGUAGCACAUAAUAUUUUGGAUAUAAUUUUGCAAGAAACCAAGAUAGACAUCCAUCAAAUCUCUAAAUGCUCAGAAAACACACUAGCUGAAAAACAAAGUAUUGCAAGUAAAAAUCGUAAAAUUUUUCGAGGUACUGGUUCAAGAGGAAAUAGACCAGAUUUAAUGAUAAAGGCAUUUUUCAAAGAAAAUGGAAUGAACUUGUAUACAUUGAAA